AUGUCCGCAAUGGCGGCGGCGCCACCUCCCCAAGCCCCGCGGCUCGACUCCGUGCUCAGCUUCAGCGACGCCCCGGCCUCGCCAGCCGAGGCCGAGUCCGCCACGCUCGCCUUCUCCGACGCCGGCAGCGGCAGCGACACCGACGCCGAGGAUGCCGACUUCGAGUUCGCGUUCGCGCCGCCGCUGUCGCCGCGCGCCGGCGCCUACCCCGCUCUCGCGCCGGCCGACGACCUCUUCGCGCACGGCCGCAUCGUCGCGGCCUACCCGCUCUUCGACCGCCGCAACCUCCUCGCGGACCACGACGAGGCGGCGGCGUCGCCCGACAACCGGCCGCAGCAGCAGGCGUCGACGGCGCCGCCGUCGCCGGACACGUACUGCGCGUGGGCGCCGCGGUCCGCGCCGGGGUCCCCGUCGCGGGACCCCCCGGCCGCCGCGGCGGCGUUCCCCAAGUCAUCCUCCACCGGGGAGGCCCGCCGCUUCUGGCGCCUGCGCGACCUCGUUUCCGGCGGCGGUGGCCGCUCCCACAGCGACGGCAAGGAGAAGUUCGUCUUCCUGCAACCCAGUUCCAAACCCACCGCCGCAGCAGCGCCGUCGAAGCCGUCCGUCCAGAAGCAGGGCAAGAAGCAGAAGGGCGGCAAGGCGGCAGGUGCCACCGAGAUGGACAUGGCCACCGCGCACAGGCUCUUCUACGGCAAGCCCGGCGCCGCCGCCGCGCUCGCCGGCGACAGGACAAGGCAGCAGCAGUCGUACCUCCCCUACCGCCCCGGCAUCGUCGGCUUCUUCGCCACCACGCACGCGCUCGGCCGCUCGCACCACCCCUACUAG